AUGUCUCCGCCCACCGGGCCAGAGCGGCCUUUGCGCCGCCGCCGCCGCCGCCGUGCUCGCAACGUUGGCAGCGGCAGCGGCAGCGGCAACCGUGAGAGCCACGACGACAGCCACGACGACAGCUACGACCUAAGUCACGAUGAAGUCAACGAGGAAGGCAGUAUUGAUAAUGCCCUUAGCAGUGGCAAACCUAGCCGCGGUCGACACCGCGUCGACACCCAGGCAGCAUCAGUUCCCCGCUCACAUAGGCACGGCCGCCCGCCCCGCCCCGGCAAUGCUCAGCCGUCCGUGUCCCAGGACGCGCCACACACCCCGAAGCCACGCGUAUGCAACCGAAGCACUCUUCUCGGACUUCUGACCGCCAGCAUGGUGGCCGCCUUUUGGGUCUGGUUCGGCUGGGGGUGGUGGCUCAGUCGGGGGUGGGCCGGUGAUCCCCGUGUCAACACUUGGGUCUCGAAGCUUCGCCCUGACAACAUCCGCAUGGUCGCCUCUCCCUCCUUGCUCACCGACGAUUUUGUAGCCAUUGCCGAGAGCUCCAUGAACGCAUCCAUCCACCUGUUCCUACCCCACCGCACCUCUAACAUCACAUUCACUCUCGACGCGCCUGGUCUUCCUCGGCCCGAUGUAGCAUCCCGGAUCCCCAAGCACGCGCCGCUUCUAGUUGGCCUCGUCAACGCCACUCUUACGCUGGGGUUGAUGGAGAAGCUUUGGCCGACACUCAUCCGCGCUGCCAGUGAUCUGCUGGUUUCUGGUCUGCCCCCCACGCACCCGGACUACCACAACUUGAAUGAAUCCCUGGCCGAGCCCCCAGAACCGGAGCGCAUCUCCCUGGUCCGUGCAAGCGGGAGCUGGGAGGAUGUCUACGCCAUGGGGCGGGCGUGGCCGUCCGACGGCCGCAACUUGCUGGGCCGUCUCGCGUUUCGCAUUCGGUCAGAGGCUGAAGAAUCCGCCCAAGCAACGACCGGGAGCAGGCACGGCAGUGGCGGCGGCGGCGCCGCCGGUAUGCCAAAGGUUGGAUCCGCCCAGCCCCCCGACCCCCGCGAACUGCUCCAACACGCAAGUCGCCAUCGCAUCCCUGGCUACACUCUUCCCAGAUACCUCGCCAGCCUACGACCAUCCUCUGGCACAUCGGCCCAGGUUGACAAAAUGCACGUGGGUCUGACGACGUGGGCUACCAAAUCACUGAGAGUCCCGCCGGGUCUAAAAAUAGGGCUGGAUGUGCGCAAGGAUGGCGGCCUGUGGAUGGGGUUCGACGGCAUGUGUCCCAUUGGGGAGCGUCUGAGGGAGACUUCCGAGGGGCGAUGCGGCAGUCGGGGGCGUGACUUCAUCCCUUCCUGUGUCAUACCCUUCCAAUUUAUCGGAAUCGGUUCGAAAUGCUGCGGCCAGGACUGCAUCACGAACCUGAGGGAUGCCCUCUGCAUUGCCGAGGAGUUUCUGUCGUCUGUGGCGGCAGCCGCCGAGCGGGUGAGAGCGACCGUGGUCGAGGAGCACAGGCGUGACAGCAUAUCGCCGUUCAAACGUCUUAUUAACCGCUACGUCUACGAGGACGACAUCACGGCUCGGACCCGGACCCUUGACCGUGCUCUCGCCGCCUUCUACCCGCUCUACUCGGCCUUGAAGAUGCAACGCCGCCACCUCGCCGGCGUGGCCAGCAGGUUGCGACGUACCUGUCUCGUCCAGGAUACCCUUCGGGCCCGUCUUUAUUCGGCCUUGACGAACCAGUCUUGGUGGUGGGACCUCGAGUGGGACAGCGUUGGGCAUAAGGUGGUGUUGACCUAUGUGACCCUUCCCGAGAGACAGGACACACUCAAUCUACUGGAGAAGGCGGACCAUCGGAUCGGAUCCGAAGAGGCGGCUAUUUGGAAACGAGAAGACCCGCUGAAGGACUUUGUUAAGCAGCUCAAAACCGAAUUAUCGGCGGGGUGGCUCGAGAGAAUAGGUUUGGGCAAUUUAAGGAGGUAG